AUGGCCUCUAAAGAUUCACAGAACCAAAGAGGUCGAGGUGUUCGUGGUUUUCUUCCCGGUGCGGCAGACCCAGAUGGCAGCCUCGCAGUGUCUUCUUCCAACCCAGGGCACCAAGAAUGGCAGCCACCUCGUCCUCUGCCGGGGAGUGUUCCUCCUGGUCUCGAAUACCUGAGCCAGUUAGACCUGGUCAUCAUACACCAGCAGGUGGAGCUCCUUGGAAUGAUACUGGGUAACGAGACCACCAACAAAUAUGAGAUUAAAAACAGCUCGGGUCAGAGGAUUUACUUCGCUGUGGAGGAAAGUCUCUGCUUCAAUCGCACCUUCUGUUCCACCCUGCGCUCCUGCACCCUGAGGGUCUCGGACAACUCGGGCCAAGAGGUCAUCACGGUCCACAGACCCCUGAGGUGUAACAGCUGCUGGUGUCCUUGUUACCUCCAAGAGUUAGAAAUAGAAGCCCCUCCUGGUACGCUAGUUGCUUAUGUUGCACAGAAGUGGGACCCCUUUCGGCCUAAAUUCACAAUCCAAAACGCUAACAGAGAAGAUAUUUUGAAAAUUGUUGGUCCUUGUGCAACGUGUAGCUGUUUUGGCGAUGUGGAUUUUGAGGUGAGGACCAUGAACGAGAAACUGACCAUCGGCAAGAUUUCCAAGUACUGGUCCGGCUUCGUGAACGGCGUCUUCACCAACGCCGACAACUUUGGGAUCCACGUGCCCGCAGACCUGGACGUGACAGUCAAGGCCGCGAUGAUGGGCGCCUGUUUCCUCUUUGAUUUUAUGUUUUUUGAACACUCACUGGCUGGAUUAUGA